UUCAAGACACGGGUGUGCAGUGAUUUGCUUUUGGGGGAUAAAACCCUCGGUUUAGGAGUGGAGAGGGGUAUUACAGAGCAGGAUGGUUUGGAGAAAGGUACCUCUGCUCCUGCACGGAUUUCUACUGCUGGUGGUGUGUAGACCCUCCCUUCAAGGAGGAAUCUACAUACCAGCUGGUGGAGGGGCCGGAACUGGAGCUGGAACGGGAUUAGGUGUAGGAACUGGUCCUGGUGGAGCUCUCGGAACAGGGCUGGGAACUGGAAUCAGACCUGGAGCUGGUUAUGGAGGUGGUGUAGGUCCUGGGGGACUGGGUGUUGGAGGUCUUGUCCCAGGGGGAGUUGGUCCUGGUGGUUAUGGCACGGGUCCUGGUGUAGGUGGAGUAGGAGCUGGAGGGUUAGGGCAAUUUGUCAAGCCACCUAAAACAGGAGGAUAUGGCGGUCUAGCUGGACCUGGACUAGGUGCUGGUACUGGUCUUGGAACUGGAGGAGUUGGUCCUGGUGGGAUUGGUCCAGGAGGAAUAGGACCAGGAGGCAUUAGACCUGGUGGCAUAGGACUAGUGGGAACAGGUCCAGGAGGCAUUGGACCUGGUGCUGGUUUUGGAACUACAGGCUUUGGAGCAGGUGUUGGUGGCAAACCUCCUAAACCUGGAUACGGAGGUCAAGGUAUUCCCAUCACUUCUGGUACUGGAGGUCUUGGUGGCCUUGGACUCAGACCAGGGGGUACUGGCAUUGGAGGCUUACCCUGGUAUGGUGGUGCAGGUCUAGGCACUGGUUUGGGUGCUGGUGUGGGAACUCGCGUUGGAGGGCUUAGCCCUGGCGGAAUCGGUCUUGGAGGAGCAGGAACAGGUGUGGGUGGAAAGCCCUACAAAAUAGGUAUUGGUGGUUAUGGCCCAGGAGGGGUUCAACCUGGUGGCAUUGGACUAGGUGGCGUUGGACCUGGCGGCAUUGGACCUGGUGGUUUUGGACCUGGCGGCAUUGGACCUGGUGGUGCUGGACCAGGUGGUUUUGGACCUGGUGGCAUUGUACCAGGUGGUGUUGGACCCGGUGGCAUUGUACCAGGUGGCAUUGGACCUGGUGGCGUCGGAACUGGAGCAGGCAGAAAACCUGGACAACCUGGUUAUGGUGGGCCUGGGGGAUUUGGAGGCCCAGCAUUUGGUGGAACUGGAUUUGGCCCAGGUGGUGCAGGAGUUGGUCCAGGGGGGGUUGGAAUUGGACCUGGUGGCACUGGAACUGGGCUUGGAGGAGCAGGUGUUGGACCUGGUGGAGCACCAUUUCUCCCUCAAACUGGAUUACCAGGAGCUGGAACUGGGACAGGUACUGGGAUCAAAGUUGGAAAACCUGGGAAAGCACCAGUGCCAGGCAUUGGAAUUCCUGGUCUCUACCAGGGCGGUAUUGUUCCUGGACAAGGUUUUGGUGGUAGAGGCGUUCUGCCAGGUGUAGCCACUGGAUCUCAAACUGGUCAGCUUGGUCAAGAUGCACUUGGAGCCAGUGGAGGCCGUGGUGGCUUUGGUCAGCAAUUACCAGGCAUAUUCCAGGGAUAUCCACUCAUCUCUCCAAAGUCUGGAGGUAAAAGCGCUGCAAAGUCUCAGGCUAAAGCUGCCAAGUAUGGUGCUGGUGUUGUGCCUGGACUAGGUGGAGGUCUUGGAAUAGGUGGCGUACCUGGUGCAGGUGGGGUGCCUGGAUUAGGCGGUGUACCGGGAGUAGGAACUGUACCAGGAGCAGGAGGUUUACCCGGAGUGGGUGGUGUACCCGGAGUGGGUGGUGUACCCGGAGUAGGAGGUGUACCUGGUGUAGGCACUGGAGUCAUUCCUGGAGCUGGUGGUAUCUAUCCUGGAGCUGCAGCAAAAGCUAGGAAAUAUGCUUCAGGGAUAGGGACUGGAGGACUUCCUAUUUCUGGUUUUGGAGUAGGUGGUGUUGGUGCUGGAGGACUUCCUGGCUCUGGUUUGGGAGUGGGUGGUCUUGGUGCUGGAGGACUUCCUGGUUCUGGUUUGGGAGUGGGUGGUCUUGGUGGACCCCUUGGUUCUGGUUUAGGAGCUGGUGGUCUUGGAGCAGGACCCGGAGUCAGUGCUGAUGCAUAUGCUGCAGCCAAAGCAAGGAAAUACGCUCAGCUUGGAAGACCUUGGGGGGGUUUAGGUACCGGAGUCCAACCUAGUGGUGGACUUGGAACUGGUGCACUACCUGGUGGAGGAUUUGGGACUGGUGCACUACCAGGUGGGGGACUUGGAACUGGUGCACUACCUGGUGGAGGACUUGGUGUAUUUCCUGGUGGAGGACUUGGUGUAUUUCCUGGUGGAGGAGCUGGAGGACUUCCUGGUGCUGGAACAGGCUACGGAGCAGAUGCAAAAGCCCGUAAAUAUGCUCUACUCAGAGGUGCUGGUGCUGGUGUAGGCCCAGGAACUGGAUUUGCUCCAGGUGUUGGUGGAUUACCAGGUGGUUUGGGACCAGGUGGGACAGGUGCUGGACUUGGACAAGGAGCAAUUCCAGGUGUUGGCUAUGGACCAGGAGUUGUUCCUGGAAGUGGAUUUGGACCUGGAGGAUAUGCUGGGGCCAAAGCUCGCAAAUAUGCUGGUGGAACAGGAUUGCCUGGAGGGUUAGGAGGAGCACUUGGUGGUGGAGCAGUGCCAGGUGUUGGUGGAACUGGACCUGGAGGAGUACCAGUUGGUGGUUAUGGACCAGGAGGGGUGCCUGUUGGUGGUUAUGGACCAGGAGGGGUGCCUGUUGGUGGUUAUGGACCAGGAGGGGUGCCUGUUGGUGGUUAUGGACCAGGAGGGGUGCCUGUUGGUGGUUAUGGACCAGGAGGGGUGCCUGUUGGUGGUUAUGGACCAGGAGGUGUACCUGCUGGAGGAUACAGACCUGGCUCUGGAGCAUAUCCAGGUGGACCCAAGGCCUUAAAAUAUGGUCCAGGUGGGGGUGGAACAGCUCCCGGAGUUGGAACAGGUGCAGGGUUAGCUGGUGGUUAUGGUACUGGUACUGCAGGAGUUCCUGGAGCUGAAUUUGGUGUUGGAGCAGGAUUGCCUGGUGGUGGUGCUGCUGGAACAGGAGGCAUAGGAGGGCUUGUGCCUGGCUAUGGAACGGGCAUUGGAGGAUAUGGACCUGGAUCAAAAGCAGCUAAAUAUGGUUUACCUGGUUCUGGUGGAGUGUUAGGAGCAGGAGGCGUGCCAGGAGCUGGAACAGGAGUGGCAGCAGGCCCAGGAGUUCUGCCUGGAGGGAUCGGGACCGGUACUGGAUAUGGGGGUUAUGGAGGUUAUGGAGGUGCAAAACCACCUAAAUAUGGACAACCUGUUGGUGGGACUGGAGGUGUGUUAGGUGGUUUAGUACCUGGAACUGGUGUAGCUGGUGCCACAGGAGUUGGACCUGGUGGGGCUGGAGGUAUAGCUGGUACCAAGGCAGACAAAUAUGGGGUGCCAGGUAGUGUGCUUGGAGGAACAGCUAUUCCAGGCAGUACAGCCUCUUCCGGCGCAGAUCGCUUUAAACCUGGAGUUGAUGGAGUGAUUGGCAGACUUGAUGGAACCCAUGGGGUUGGAGAAGGUCAAGGUGGAACUAACGCUCCCAAGACUGAAUCUGGAGGAUCAAUAGAAGGAUCAGGUGUUACGGAUGGACUUGAUGGAGUUACUGGGACAGGAAUACCCAUUAUAGCCGGAGGAAAACCAGGAGUUGGUGAUGGUGGGACGCUACCAGGAGCCAAACCACUAAAACCCCCAGUUAUUGGAGGUGGCGCAAUUGCUGGACGUGGAGACACUCCAGGCACUAUUGACAGAGGACUUGGAAGUGUAGGCACAGGUCCAGGAGGAGUCGGUGUAGUCCCAGGAGGAGUCGGUGGUGUUCCAGGAGGAGUUGGUGCAGUUAAACCUCCUAAAGGGGGUGCUGGCCUUAUACCAGGAGGUCAUGGCCUUAUACCAGGAGGUGCCGGCCUUGUACCAGGAGGUGCUGGUCUUAUACCAGGAGGUGCUGGCCUUGUACCAGGAGGUGCCGGUCUUGUACCAGGAGGUGCCGGCCUUAUACCAUGGGGUGCCGGCACAGUUGGAGUGCAGAAACCAGGCAAAGGUUAUGGUGGAGUUGGAGGUUUAGGACCUGGUGGGAUCCUGCCAGGAACUGGCAUCAGGUUUCCAAGUGGGGCAGCAGUGGGCAUCAAACCAGGAAAAACUUACGGAGCAGGAGGUACCCUUGGGGGUUUUGGAGGGCCAGGUGGAUAUGGAACAGGACCUGGUGGUUAUGGUACUGGCCUAGGUGGUCAGGGUGGACUUGGAGGACCUGGGAUUGGGUAUGGAGGUUUGGGUGGAGCUGGAACUGUGGGUGGUCUUGGAGGAGUUGGUGGGAUCCCAGGUGGAGGUGCUGGAAGUCCAUUUGGAACUGGAGGUCUCAGGUACCCAGGUGGGGCAGGAGCAGGGAAACCUGCUAAAACAGGAUUUGGCACAGGUGCCUAUGGUGGUCAAGGCUAUCAGCCAGGCGGUGCAGUGCCAGGAUAUGGUACUGGUGUAGGUCCUGGUGGUGCUUAUCAACAACCAUAUCCAGGAUAUGGUGGUGCUGGUACUGGUGCAGGUGCAGGUGCAAGUGCCCCACUUACACCUCAACAAUUGAAAGCAGCCAAGUAUGCAGCACUUCAAGGCUUUCUAGGUGGGGGAGGCUACAGAGGAGGCGCAGGAUGUCAAGGCACAUACUGCGGAAGGAGGAGGAAGUGAGAUACCAGCGGCGAGAAAUGACCUCAUACUAAACAAGUGGUGCUACUGCCUACUCUCAAAUGCACUUUUUACAGUUAAAACAGUGCCUCGUGUAAUGACGGUGUAUGACAGAGAAUUUCAACAUCAAUGAGAUUAACCGUAUGAUUAUGUGUGAACUGAACAAGUGUCAUGUAAACCUCUUUGCACUGCAGAAGAUCUCACUGUGCAUUUCUUUUACAAAUGUAAUGUUUAACCAACUUUCGUUUUAAAAGAGCUUUUAAUUAUUUUUAUAUUAUUUGCAACCCAACAGUUUAAAGUUACAGUCAAGCAGACCAUAGAGGCCUAAAAGUUGCUCACUCACACUUACUGUAAGUAGCUGAAUAUCCAGACAUGUGAUGUCUGGGGACGUGUCGCUUCUAUUUCAGGAUGAUCUGUGACCGUGGAUGCAGCGGUGUCAUAGGCUACGUGUUCGGUCCACAUAUAAAAACGCAUGUAAUUCUGUCUCAUGCUGUCGUAAAGCAAUAAGAAUCUCUUCAUAACUGUUUGCGUAUGACUGCAUUAAUACACCAAUCUUUCUUUUCCAAAGAGUUACAGUCAUUGAAAUGAGUCACUUAAAGAAUAGUCAUUUAGAAACUUUAGAGCGAAAUGUUAAAUGUGCAAUUAAGUUCACAGUACCUGAGGGUUAUAAGCUGUCUUCAAAGAUACCUCAGGAACUUGAAGCGGUUUCUUUUCUAGUUUAUCUGACCCCAUAACGCCUUGUUUUUCGUGUGUUUGUUUGUUUAUGGUAACGCUUCUUAAAUUAAGGAUAUCUAUGCAUUUAACCUAACUAGUUCUGGGGUUUGUAAGCAAUGCGUGUCGUGGAUGGUGUAUCUGUUUGUGUAAGUGCAACUAUUCAAAUGUGACCUGAAAGUUUGAGAAUAGAAAUUCAUACAUCUUGCAGUUUUUUGUUUUGUCGUUGAUUUUCAGUAAGGUGCACUUUUUACAUCAAAUUUUGUGAAAUUCCAUCCACUUCACCUUUUUUAUGACUUGAUUUUGAUUGUGCCUUUUAUAUAUUAAACAUUUCUAAAAUAAAUUGUGUAAA